CUCUCAACUUUACAGCAGAACACCUGGGUACACCUUGCUUGUCAUGGAAAACAGGACUCUAUGCAGCCUGACAAGUCGCGUUUUGUUGUGAGAGACGAACAUUUGACGCUGCUCGAUAUUGUGGAGAGAGGCAUUCCUCAGGCUGAGUUUGCGUUCUUAUCUGCUUGUCAUACUGCCACCGGCGAUGAAAAGACAUCCGAGGAAAUGGUUCACCUCGCAGCUGAUCUCCAGUUUUCAGGGUUCAAGAGCGUCAUUGGCACGCUGUGGGAGGUCGACGACUCCGUCGCAAAACAUGUCGUUGAAUCUUUCUACAAGUAUAUGUUCGGAGAUUUGAAGGAUGGUGGUGUCAUGGACUGCACGAAGGCGGCCUGGGCACUCAACUGCGCUACGCAUGCUGUGAAGACGAAAGUGCCGCUCGAUCAGAGGAUGGUUUUUGUUCAUAUCGGUGUGUAG